AUGUGCAAAUCACCCAAUUGGCCCAGUUUUUGUUUCCCCUCUUUUCAGCAAUUAGAAACGUGGUUUGAGAGAAAUGUGUACUUACUGCCCAAAGGGAUGCGUAGAACAGAGAUUGCGCUCAAGCUUUGCAUGAAUUUAAACAGAAAUGGGCUUUGCUGGAGCAGAGGGCGGCGACAGUGGUGUACUAAAAUAUUUCAUCGCUUGCGGCAGCGUUUGCCGAACAAGAGGGCCUUAUUCGUCAGAGAAGGGCGAAGUUCAAAAACCAGCGUGAUGCCUUUGAGAGCCGACGGGAAAGGCUUAUCAGGAAUGGCAGCGCCUAGGCCAACAGCCGGCCGCCAGGCAAUGGGAAUUAUAGAGGUUGAGUUCUUAGCUUGA